GGGUGUUGGCCCCAUUAUUGGAUGUUUUGCUGGCAUAAAGACAAAUAUCUAUGCACUACAGUGUGUAGCACAUGCGUUAAAAUAUGUUCAUCAAGAUAAAAUAUGCAGAUGAUAAGGAGCUACUUGCAAAUCCAGAUUGCAGAAUAGGAAGCCUCCUUGAUUAUGUUAAAGCAACAAUGGCUGAAUCUGAGUUAUUUGACACUGACUUACAUAAUGAGAUUGACCUCUGUGAUGACUACGGCAGUUUACUGAAUGUAAAUGAUGUGGAGCCAUGCAAGAAUGGCUUGGAACUACGACUAUUUCAGCCUCGAGCUACAUACUUUGUUUUUCUUAUCAGUCGUGAUGAAGAUGGCAAGAUUGCAAGCAUAGUCCCAACUGUAACUGAUAUGGGGAGAACAGUUGGUGAAGUUGCUAACAGACUCCGACAGCAGAUAACAAAAUCUAAAAUAAAGCAAUCUAGGUCUACAGCUGUCAAGAGGAGCAAAACGUCAUCAUCAUUGUUUAAUGAAGUAAAAAUAAAUAAUGUUUCGUUGGGAUUACAGUUGAAUUGA